AUGGACUUGAAGACAACGUAUAUACAUAGAGAGACAGAACCUAUCUAUGUAGGCGGAACUAGUGCCAGUAUCUCCGCCGCAGAUGGAAAAUAUUUAGCCACGCCAUUCAAUGAAGACGUUGUAAUAACCGACUUGUUCACUAAUGAAUUGUACUACAGAAUAGAAGGCGAUGAGGACGAAGCCAUUACAAGUCUAUGCAUCACGCCUGAUAGCAAAUACCUUGCCAUCUGCUCACAAUCACAGCAGCUACGUAUAUUCGACAUUGAAGCUAAAGAAAUCACCAAGUCUUUUAAGCUUUCAUCACCGGUAUACAUUUCAACCGUUGAUUCGACGUCAUCGUUGUUUGCCUUUGGUGGGUCCGAUGGUGUGGUUACUGUGUGGGAUAUUGAAGGCGGGUUUGUAACCCAUUCUCUAAAGGGCCACGGUACGACAAUUUGCUCAAUUUCAUUGUAUGGAGAGUUGAACAAUUUGACCAGUUGGAGAUUAGCAAGUGGUGAUACCAUGGGUACAGUCAAAAUCUGGGAUUUGUCGAAAAGGAAAUGUAUACAUACAUUGAAGGACCAUAAUGCGGCUGUUAGGGGUGUUUCAUUUGAUGAAAGUUACGAGUACUUUAUAUCUGGAGGAAGAGAUCAUGUUGUGAUUAUAUACAGCACAAAAAAUUUCAAGCCAUUAUUCACCUACCCCAUUAAUGAACAAAUUGAAGCUAGUGGGUUUGUCAAAUAUGUCAAUGAUCGUCAGUUUUUUUACACUGCUGGUUCGAAUAAUGUUUUGCGUUUGUGGGAUAUCAAGACUGGUGAUUUGGUCGCCCAAUCGCCAACGCCGUUAAAGACCAAUGAGGAGUUGUUAAUCAUUGAUGUCAUAAAGGUCCAUGAUCAGAAUUUGUAUUUGGUUGUCAGUGACCAAACAUUGGUGGAAGUAGAUCUUUGCAUAGAAGAUCAACGAAUCAUUGCUGAAAAUGUAUGGGAACUUUCCAUCGUCAAGAGGAUUGCCGGUAAUCAAGGUAUCAUUGCUGAUACGAGGUACGUGGGGCCAAACAAUAACUUGUUAGCAAUGGCUACGAACUCUCCAGCAUUGAGGAUUAUGGAUUUGCAAAAGCCAUUUGAGUUGAAGGUGUGCGAGGGUCAUACUGAUAUAUUAAAUGCUCUAGAUGCAAGUUCCGAUGGGAGAUGGGUUGCUACUGCAUCAAAAGAUGGUGAAGCAAAGUUGUGGGUGUGGAAUGAUGACGUCGACAAUUUCGAAUUGUUUGCCACUUUCCAAGGUCAUGCCGGUUCAGUGACGGCAAUCUGUUUGAAUAAACUAACGCUGCAACCUAGUUUUCUCAUCACAGGGUCAAGCGACUUGACCAUUAAAAAAUGGACCAUUCCAAAAAGUAGUGGAUCCGUAGUGAAAACGUCAGUAUACACUAGAAGGGCACAUGAGAAGGACAUAAAUGCUAUUGACAUUUCUCCUAAUGAUGAACACUUUGCCACUGCAUCUUAUGAUAAAUUGGGGAAAAUAUGGAACUCUCAAUCUGGAGAAACCAUUGGUGUUCUCAAGGGCCAUAAGCGAGGCCUCUGGGAUAUAAAUUUUUACAAGUAUGAUAAAUUAAUUGUCACAGGAAGUGGUGACAAGACACUUAAAAUUUGGUCAUUGAAUGAUUUCACAUGUCAAAAGACUCUUGAAGGACACACCAACUCCAUCCAGCGAGUUAGAUUCUUCAACCCGCAACUGCCACAACUCAUAUCAUGUGGUGCUGAUGGGUUAGUUAAACUUUGGGAUUACAAAGCUGGUGAAACUUUACGCACUUUGGAUAAUCAUGACAAUAGAAUCUGGGCCAUGGCGUUGCAUGAUGACGCAGGUGAUGAAUUCAUCACUGCUGAUGCUGAUGGGAAAGUUACAACUUGGACUGAUAAUACUGCUGAAGAAAUCAGGCUACGUGAGUUGGCCGCGAAAGAUAAAGUUGAACAAGAACAAGAUUUAUCCAACUUUGUCAAGAAUCAGGAUUGGAGUAAUGCAUUUUUGUUGGCAUUGACGUUGAAUCAUUCCAUGAGGUUAUAUCAUGUGAUUAAAUCGUGUAUUGAGGCAAAUAAGGAUGACGAAUCAUCUAUUGGGUCUUUUGAUUUGGAAAAUACGAUAAGUCAAUUGAAUAAAGAUCAACUUGUUACGUUGUUUAAAAAGAUUAGAGAUUGGAAUAUCAAUUUCAAGUUUUUUGAAAUCAGUCAAGCUUUGAUCCAUGUUGUAUUGCAUCAUUUUGCCGUUGAGACAUUGAUUGAAAUACCGGGGUUGAUGAAGAUUAUUGACAGUAUAAUCCCGUAUAACGAGCGUCACUAUAAUCGUUUAGACGAUUUGGUAGAGCAGACUUAUGUUCUAGAUUAUACCGUUGAGCAAAUGAAUCGAUUAUUAGCAUGA